AGGAGGAGGAGGAGGAGGAGGAGGGAGUGAGGCUCUUCUCCUCUCCCUCUAAGAGCAUUAACUGUAGAGUGUUCUGGUAGUGACAGGGCUGUCAGGGUCAGAUGGCUGCUCAGCCUGAUUAGACCAGCUCACAGCAGAUCCUCAGUUGCACUGCUACAGCAAGGUAGAGCUACACUGCACGUACAGUACAAACAUCGCAGCGGCUGCUGAGAGGCCAGGAGGUACAGGGAGAGGUGGGUAGUGCAGUGUUACAGUGGGGCAGAGCAACAGGUUGUUGCAGGAAGAUUUUUUUCUGCUGGUUGACCAUCAGACAUUUCAGCGUAUAGAGGCAGAAACAGACAAGAAGCAGGUGGAGUUUACUGUGGAGAAGAGGCAGAAGAACUGAAGUCUGUGGUUGGGGAUGUCAUUGAAUAGCAGAACUGCUGGUUGAUGGAGUUUGUGCGGCGGAGUGGUGACUACUGCCACGCCCAACACAUUUAGAGCCUGUCUGGGAUGAAGCUGCACAAUGCAGUCCUGCGGCUGUGAAACCUGAAAGACUGUUGGCCUUUGCCCUCUGAACCAGCCAGCUAAUGGGGUAACUCGUGGGGCCUCGACACCGGAAGCUAACUGGAGAGAGAAGGAACGAGAGCACUACUGAGAGACACAGAGAGAGAAGGACUGAAGCAGUGACAAUAAGAGAGAUAAAAGCAGAGAGACAGAGAGAGAGAGAGAGAGAGAUAGCUGCACACUGUGACUUCCUGAACUGUAGGAUACAGUCAAGUGAUGGAGUAAGACAACAGGAUCUCAGAAUUGGGGAAAAUACUUUCAAGGCGAUAAAAAACAAAGUCCCCCAACAGGAAGUUGACAAGAGACAGGAAGUCCUGGAGACCUGAUUUAAACAGCUACCUGCUUCAGCUGGAGCCAAAGUAAAAGGUCAGAGGUCAUCCUUGGAUGUCAAAGGCCACACUGGGCACCAUGAAUCGUCCAGCUCCAGUGGAACUGUGCCACAAGAACAUGAGAUUCCUCAUCACACACAACCCCACAGACAGCACACUCAGCGCCUUCAUAGAGGACCUGAAGCGCUACGGUGCCACCACAGUUGUUCGAGUCUGCGAUGUCACCUAUGAUAAAACACCGUUGGAGAAAGACGGCAUCACUGUGGUGGAUUGGCCGUUUGAUGACGGAGCCCCGCCCCCCAGUAAGCUGGUUGAUGAUUGGUUGAGUCUGCUGAGGAAGAAGUUUCAGGAGGAUCCAGGAUGCUGCGUGGCUGUUCACUGUGUGGCGGGACUGGGGAGGGCUCCUGUGCUGGUUGCUCUAGCUCUGAUAGAGAGUGGGAUGAAGUAUGAAGAUGCUAUCCAACUCAUCAGACAGAAGCGUCGUGGAGCCAUCAACAGUAAACAGCUAACCUACCUGGAGAAAUACAGAUCCAAGCAGAGACUCCGCUUCAAAGACUCUCAUGCACAAAAGAACAAGUGUUGCACAAUGUGAACACACACAGACACACAGACACAGACACACACACACACACACACACACACACACACACAUACUCAGACAUAUUGUGCCCCUCAAAUGCUCUCAGGAAUACCACCAUACGAGCCUUGUGUCAUUGUCACAAACACUAAAAUAUAUGGGCUUCAUUAGUCCAUGUGUACCCCGACAAUUUUGAAUGUUUUUACUCCAGCUUUAGACUUCUUGACUUUUAAAGAUUAUUUAAUCGGCAUGUUUGCUUUAAAAUAUAGUUUACAGUGAAAAAAAACUGACAAAGAUAGGCGAGGGAGAGAAAAAUCACAUAAAAAGUUACGUUUUGUGGCAAAUUUGUGAUGCAUAUUUGUUCUAGAGACAGAGCUGGGUCAGAGAUAGUGUGUUGAGGUUUAUAAAUCACAUUGUUAUUUUUGACGAAACAAAUCCAUAGUGAGCACCAAAGGGGACAAAGGGGAUUUAUUAUGAUAUAAAUUAUAUUGGCCUUCAAAACCUCAAAUCAUACCAGAUAUUUUGUGAGAAUACCACUGAAUUUACAUUACUUUUUUCAGAUGCUGAUUCUGUUUAAACAUCACCUUGAUCAGGGUGUAAAAGGACAUGCAGUAUUGCUGUGAUUCUUUCUGUUUUAUGGAAUGAAAAACCCUUUACAUACUUUUUAAACAAUGUUGGGAGACUAAAACUAUACACACUUAAACACAGGGCUAAAAUCAUUUUAGCGGGUCAGUGUUUUUACUGUAAAUUUGUGUCAAAACUCAAAGUUGACUCUCUCUUUUACAUUAUUCCUGUUGGUGUCUGUUCUCAGUGUAACUGGAGAUACAAGGGCUCAUUUUCAUCCCACUAUUUUCUGCCAUUCAUUAAAAAUCUCUUAAAAAACAGCUUCUAAAAUGCUAGGUGAAGCACUGUGGUAAAUAUAAAGCCUUCAUUUGGUGUUGACUAAUUCACCGUUUUAAUAUGACUUCAUUGAGCUCAAGUUAUGUGUUUACAUAUCAGUGUGUGCAUUAUAUUAUGCUCUGUUUACCGACACCCACAGAUGGAGACAUCUUUGUCAGCAGCAGCUCAUUUCAAACCAGGAAUACAGCUGGGGUAGGCAGUUUAAUUUGGGCAUCACUGGGCAAACCCGCCCCCCCCCCCCCCCUCCCCCCCCAUAAUAAACAUUAAGCAAAUUGAAAUUCGAGUGGUCUGAGAGAAAACAAGACUUCUGCACUUUCUCUUGGCUCUCUUCAUGUUUUGGAAAAUUUGGUCCGUAACAAGAGACUUUGGCCAAUCACGGGUCACUUCAGACAGAGAUUGUUCCUGCUGGCUGUUCUACUAAUACAGAUGUGCGAGUACGUCCGUUCGGUGAAAGCCUGAUUCAGCAGUGGAGAAUCCUGCAGAGAAAGUUGCUAUCUCCAGCUUGGCAACAAAAAAAAUAACCCAAAGAGGGACGAGAGACUUAUCAAAAAGAGAGUCUGAAAGAGAAUCUGACAAUAAACACAGUAAAGUGUCAGUAGCAGCACAGCAUUUCAGAGAUGGAGAUGAAAUAUUGCUAAAAGUUUAGCCUUCUGCUAACAGGAGCCAGAGCUGGAUCAGCAAACUUUCUGUUGCUGCUGUUACAAAGAUUAGACCCGGUGCUGCUGCUGGCUACCGGCCUACUGUGGCACCCGUGGAGGAUGUUUUUUCAAAUUCUGCCCUUUUUCUUUUUUUUUUUUUUGCCUUUUCCAGAUUUCUGCCUACCCCAGCUUUACAGUACAUAUGCUGUAUAAAAAGAUAAUAGUAGUUCUACAGUAACAAUACUUUCUAAAAUGACAGAAAGGUGUAAACUAGUUGUAAAUAAUAUGAAAUGAGGCAUCACUUUUAUUCUUCUAGAAGUCCUCUGAUUCAUCGAUGACAAACAUUUGCAAAGAAUAUUAAAUCAUUGCAGUUAUUAAAAUAUUUUGUCAGAGAGGAAUUGUCAUUUAAUCAGCAGGUGAUGACACCAUCUCUCAGUCUUCAUCCAUGGAUGAUAAAUGCAUAAAUUGAGAUAAUGGUCUAAUCUCAGCACAGAUAUUGCUGUGCAUCAUUAAGGCUAGGUUAGGUUUUCUUGUGGGGUGGAGUUUACCUAUUCACUUGUAUUGUUCCUGAAUGAUGCAUGUUGGUUACUGCUUCAUUUUUGCUGGUGAUAGAGUGAUAGAGCUUUUUGUACGCAUUAGUACAUUGCUUGUGACAGUCUCCUCAUUGUCUGAUGUCCCGAACAACAAUUUGUGAGAAAGUAAUAAGAGCAGAGGGUGUAAAAUGAAGUAAAGAAGGAGACAGGAAAGAAAAUCCACCAUCUUUACCUACCUACUGACUGGCUAAAGUUUACUUGUUCAUAUGAUGUGUGUGUGUGUGUGUGUGUGUGUGUGUGUGUGUGUGUUUGUUUGAAUGUGUGUGUGUGUGUGUGUGUGUGUGUGUGUGUGUGUGUGUGUAUGUACAGUUUUUAGCCAUUGUUAACCAUUGGGACUGGCCGGAGCUGACACUUUUUUUUUAAUGUAAAAACAAAUGCUGUAAAUGUCUGUAAAUUAUUGCAUUGUUUAAUAAAGGUUGUCCCUGUA